GGUUGAUCACCGGUUAACACUCCACCCAAUGUCGUCUGCCCUCUUCUCCCAGCUCCAGGCGCUCCCAAGCUCCUCUCCGUCGCGUGACGUCAACAGCAACGGUUGGAGCUUGAACCGCACUCGUGCUUGUCUCCAGGAGGAAUGAGCUUGGCGUGGAGAAGAGAAGGAUGCGCGCGGUGACACUAUAUAGUCUAAGAGAACCGAGAUACAUAUUGCUGCACUAUACCGAGCCGGGAAGAAAGAGUUGAACCGUGUUUUGAGGGGAGAACUGACUUAAAAUUACUGGGACAGGCGUGGUCUCACGAGAGAGGCGGAAAGAUAGAAAGCGAGAUAGAGAGAGAGAAACCGAGAGAAAGAAAGAAUACUGGAGAUACCGUCCAAAUGGACACACCACUGACCUCUAACCUUUGACCUCUGACUCUGAUCGCCCUGUGUCGUCCAGCGGCAGCAAUGGCCUCAUGUGACCUCCCGUACUUCUGUCCUCGCUGUGGGGACGACAAGCGGUUCGGCGAUGUGCCCGCACUGCGCUCACACCUGGUCAGCCGGCACACCUACGAGACCCUACUGGUGCUGUCCCAGGCUCGUGCCCGGAGCUCCAGGCCCGGGACCCUGCUCCCACUCCUCAACCACACGGCGGCCCGGCCAGACCACCCUGUCCUGGGCACAGAGCGGGACGGACGGCCCGUCCCCCUGGCCUGUCUGGAUCUGGCCUGCUCCUCUGCCUCGGCCCAGCUGCUCAGAGACAUGUUCACCAGCAGAGACUGGGGGGGGGGGGCUACCUCGAAGCAGGGAGAAGCUACAUCUCCCACUGGACCUCCUCACAGCGCCAUGGCUCUGGCCCUGCCCGGCUCUCUGGGGCCUGUCCCUAGGGGGAACAGCCCUGCUGAGCUGGACCUGAGAGGCCUUGUUUGCCUGGGGCUGGGGCCAAGCCUGGGUCUGGAGUUUGGUCUGGACGGGAGCCUCGUGCUGGGGCUGGAUGAGAGGCUGGGCCUGGGGCUGGAUGAGAGGCUGGGCCUGGGGCUGGAUGAGAGGCUGGGCCUGGGGCUGGAGCGGAGGAUCGCCAGGACGUUUGCCGAGGUGGAAGAGAGAGUGGCCCAGCGCGUGGGCCAUCUGAGGGCGGAGCUAGAGCGACGGGAGGUGGAGCUGCAGCGAGAGAGGCAGGAGGCGGAGCGGCUGGGGAGGGAGAAGGAGGACCUGGAAGAACAGGCCUCCCAUCUUUCUCGGCAGGUGGCGGUCUCAGUGGAAAUGAUGGCCGCUCUGAAGAGAGACCUGAAGGGGAAGGAGCAGGAGCUGGGCCGAAAACAGCAGGAGGUGUGUGAAAUGGAGCAGUUCCUGACGGUCACAGCAGAGAGGGAGGCGGAGGCCAAGGUGAGGCUGCAGGCCUUCAUAGAGGCUCUGUUGGAGAGAGCAGACUGGGCAGAGAGGCAACUGCAGCUCCUGGUGGCUCCAGACAGACACACCCACAAUAACGUCAGCCACGGCCACAACAAUAAAGGACACACCCACAUUAAUGACAGACACGCCCCCAAUAACUACAGACACACCCACGAUUGCAACAGCCAAUCCCACAAAAGGACAAACAGAGAUGCGUACAAUGGGAGGGAGGAUGAAGUCAUCACAGGGUCAAAUUUCUUUGGCUACAGGAGAAGCUACAGUGUGUCUGGUCCACAGAGACGGGAACAACUGGACCAACACAUGCACGGCUCUCCCAUUGGCCGUCUGCGGACUCUGUCCCUGGGGUCAGGGGGGUGGGACAGUGACACAGCCGGGGGGUGGGGCACCCCUCAGGAAGCCCACAGUGAACCUCAUCACUGCCCUGGUCCCUGCUCCCCUCGUGAGGGGCGAAAGAGGAGGCAGAAGGGGUACAGUCACACACCAGAAGUGAGGGGAGUGUGGGGGCAGAGUUGGAGGAGGGCACCUCACAGCACUGAGGAAGAGGAGGAUGGUGAUGAUGAAGACACGUCAUGGUCGGAGGACACGUCAGACCCCCCUGAGCCUCUGAGAUAUGCCAACAAAAGGCCAGAACUUACACACACCACAGGCGUGUCCUCUGUGCAGUCCAAUCCUUGUCCUCGUGGUAACAGAGCUUUGGGGGUGGAGACUCUGAGGCUCAGGGCGGGGUUGUUCUGCGUGUUUCCAUAUUUGGAUAUACGGACGCUACUUCUUGCUGCUGAGGUGUGUUCUGAUUGGAGGUUUGUUGCGCGGCACCCAGCUGUUUGGACACGAGUUCGCCUGGAGAAUGCCAGAGUCUCUGCAAAGUUCUUGGUGACUCUGUCCCAGUGGUGUACUCAAACCCAGUCCUUGGUGCUCCAGAACCUUAAACCACGACCACGACACAGAGACCAAUGCAGAGAAGACUACUACCAGAACACCAGAGGUUGUCUAGAGGGUGGUGUGGAGGCAUUGCUGAGGUCAGCUGGGGGAAGUCUUCUGAUGCUCCACGUGUCUCACUGUCCUCAUGUCCUGACUGACCGCUGUCUGUGGCUGGCCAGCUGUUACUGCAGAAACCUACUACAGCUCACAUACAGGAGUUCGUCUGACCCCAUGGGCCAUGAGGUGGUGUGGGCUUUGGGAGCAGGCUGCAGGAACAUCCAGUCCCUCCAGGUGGCGCCAUUACACCCCUGUCAGCAACCGACUCGUUUCAGUAAUCGAUGCCUGCAAACAAUUGGCCGAUGUUGGCCACACCUCCGCAUACUGAGUGUGGGUGGGGCUGGCUGUGACAUUCAGGGACUGGCUGUGCUAGUUCGGAGCUGUGCAGGCCUGCAGGUGUUGGAGCUGGAGUGUGUCACCGAGAUUGGCCAGGAGGAGGCAGCAGAGCUGUGUAGAGAAGGUCUUCAGAACCUGGAGACUCUGCUACUCACCUCCACUCCUGUUACACCCAAAGCUCUGCUGCACUUCAGCAGUGUGUGUAACAACCUCCAGUCCAUGGUGGUUCAGGCUGGCAUAGCGGACUACGGUGACGAGCCAGACAGCGCUGAAGCCAAGAGACUGUAUGAUGACACGGUGAACAAGCUACAGGCUCUGAAGAAGAGGCCAGGUCUUUCCGAAGUGCUGCAGAUCAAAGCAGACGGCUAUGUUUGACCCUUUUCACCUCUUUUGCCAUAAGCCAAAAUCUCAGCCAAUCAGUGAGUCCACAGUCGACCUCAACAACCAAUAAGAGUCUGUGUGCAACAUCUGCCAGCAAAUCGGGAUUCAGAGAACUAUGGCGAUACUAACCAAUAAACCGAUAGGAAACAGAACACACAAUGACUGGUGAUUUGUGUAUUAGGUCGUCAGCAGUCUGUCUUUUUGAUGCUAUCAAUCAUGUAGGAAACAAAGUAAGGUAUUUCAGCAUCACAUGAUUUAAAAUGUAAAACACCAACAUUUCAGGAUCAACAGGUUUCUAACAUGACCAAUAAUUCAGCCUGUCGGCUACAGAGCCUAUCAAUCUGUGUCUGUGUGACACAUCUGCCAAACUAUGGACAAAAUACCCAAGGAAUGAAAAACCAACAUGAAGGAUCAUAUCAGGGUCUGGUGGAAAUGUCUCAUUUAGUGAUUUCCACAACACAGGGUUUAGUUAUUUAGCUGCUCGAAUCAGACAUGCUUCUGUCAAAACAUGGUAGGAUAUUACAAGUGCAGCCAAACCAAGGACUAGGCCCUAGUCACUAGGGCAAUGCAACACACUGUCGUUAUGCUGUUUUUCUUCGGUUCCAUCAGCUGGUGCACUAACAGUUCUGUGUUCAGUCGUUGUCUUGUUAUUUUUGUUUACCACAAGGUGGCGCUCUUAUAGAGCUCUGUACUGUAUGUUGUCAUCAGAUGUCACUAUGCCCUUUAAGAGUUAGUUUAUUUUGUUAUAACGUUGUUACGGAAAAUGUUUUCAAUGUCAAUAUUGUUUCAGUAUUGAUUUAAAGGUAUUACAGGUUCUGUGGGUCGGUAAAAAGGAUGAAUUCUGCCAUGCUUGUGUUUUCCAUGCUGUGUUUUCAGAGAAUUGGUCUUUUAUUUAAGGAUAGUGAUCAUAUGAAGCCAUUUAUUAUCACAUAGUGGUUUAGCUCCUUUUUAAAUCCUA